AUGAAUCGCACGCUGGUCGAGUGUGCGCGUUGCAUGAUGGAACACGCUGGACUGGGAAAGAGCUACUGGGGUGAAGCAGUGAUGACGGCGAUGUUUCUUCGAAACCGCUGUCCAACACGUGCCAUUCACCAAGACAAGUCUCCAUAUCAAGUGUGGACGAUGAAGAAACCGAUUCUGGCCAACCUUAAAGUGUUUGGAUGCCACGCGUAUGUUCAAGUGCCUCAAGACAAACGCGCGAAGUUCGACUCCAAGUCAUCACUCUGUCGUUUCCUGGGAUACGCCGAACACCAGAAGUCAUAUCGAUUUGAGGAAGUGUCAACAGGAGCGAUCAAGAUCAGUCGCGAUGCCACAUUCAUGGAAGACAAGUUUGAUGAAGGUCCGCGCAACUACAACGAUGAGUCAAGUGCCGUUGAGUUUGAUGAUCAAGACGAGGACGAAGAAAAAGAAGAAGGUAAAACUGACGACGACAUGGACUCGAGCGACGAUGACAACGAAGACACCAGGUCUUCGAAGAGCAACAUCAAGAGACACACGCGCACUCAAUCACUUGAGAAAGCUACCGUCAUUCCAAGUCCCAAGCGAAGAACUGGGGAAACGCCGACUACAUUCAAGUCGGCGAUGGAAUCAAGCGACUCCGGCAAGUGGAAAGAAGCGUGUGACUCGGAGUUCGACUCGCUUCAGAGAAACGACACGUGGGAAAUCGUGCCUCUUCCGAAAGGUCGCAAGGCCAUCGGGUGCCGAUGGGUUUUUCGUGUAAAGGAGAAUCAAGAUGGCGAAGUUGAACGUUUCAAGGCAAGACUUGUGGCCAAAGGAUUCUCACAGAAAUUCGGAGUUGACUAUGAAGAAACUUUCGCACCGGUGGCCAAGUUCACAUCGAUUCGUGUGGUGCUCAGUAUGGCGGCCAAGUACGGCCUAAUGCUACAUCAGAUGGACGUCAAGACAGCGUUUCUUAACGGCUCCCUCAACGAAGACAUCUACAUGGACCAGCCGGACGGAUACCUGGAUGCAACACAGCCGGACUAUGUGUGCAAGCUAAAGAGAUCACUCUACGGCUUGAAGCAAUCGCCUCGCAUGUGGAACCAAACAAUCGAUGGGUUCAUGAUCAAGAUGGGAUUCAAGAAGUGCGAAUCGGACCACUGCAUUUACAUCAAGCGAGACGACCAAGACAUGAUUCUCGUGGUGCUCUACGUCGAUGAUCUCAUCCUGGCCAGCAGCAACAAUGAACUCCUCAAGUCGACCAAGAUGGCGCUGAGCAAACGCUUCGAAAUGACGGAUCUCGGUGAGCUCGAUUACUUUCUCGGCAUGGAGAUCAAGAACGACCGUAAGACGGGAAUGGUGACUGUGCAACAAACCAAGUUUCUCAAGUCCGUGUUGACCAAGUUCGGAAUGGAUAACAGCAAGCCAGUGAAGACGCCUCAAGAUCCCGGCCUGAAGCUAACCAAGAACAUGUGUGAACAAGAAUGCAAGCACGAAGACACCAUGUGCAACGUGCCAUAUCGAAGUGCUGUCGGAGGCAUCAUGUAUCUCAUGGUCGCCACACGUCCGGAUCUAGCUGCUGCAGUGGGAUCAUUAUCCCAGUUCUCGUCCGACCCAUGCCCGACUCACUGGCAAGCUUUGAAGCGUGUGCUGAGAUACCUGCAAGCAACGCCCAAUCAUGGUCUUGAGUUUACACGUGAAGAAGGAAGCCGUAUCUGCGGGUACACCGACGCAGACUGGGCCGGCGACAUUGAGUCAAGACGAAGUACAAGCGGCUAUGUGUUCAUGAUGAACGGAGGAUGCAUCAGCUGGAAAAGCCAGAAACAACGGACGGUCGCGCUAUCUUCAACAGAAGCAGAAUACAUGGCGCUUUCCGAAGCAACCAAAGAAGCAGUAUGGCUCAAAGUGCUUUUGGGGAACUUGGUGAGAUGA